GUUGCAUGCCCUGUUUCCUGAAGGACAGUCCUAUAAUGAGUUUUUCCAAUAUAAUGAGUUUUUCCAACCCAGGAAGCAUCCACCUCUUGUAGUCAAGGGAGCCAUGGAGCAUAGAGCUGAUCAGCAAGAGCAAGAGAGACUCAGUCCUCGUCUGGAAAAGCUACAGCACUGGGCAAGACACAGGAAAAGUGGACACCUCUUGAUUCUGGCGGUAAGCCAGCUAUGGCUGGCAGUAGCUAUGGUGCCUUUUGCCAUCUCAGUUGCCUGCCUGAACUCUGCUUGUCACAUGGUCACAGCAUUACUACUUGGGCCUGGAACCUCGGGUCUCCUCACCGGGAUUGUCACCCUUGAGCUUCGCAGAGCACCUCGCCUUUGGAAGGUACGGGCCAUGAUGAUAUUCAACAUACUCAACCUAAUCUUGGGCUUCAUCGUGUUGGUGGUGGAGGUGAUGAAGACGGCUUUGGGGCCUACCUCUACUGCCUCCUCCCAGUUGGCAGGCUUGCUGGUGCUGGAGCUCAGCGCUGAGGCUUUCACCCUAGGAGGUGUGCUGGUAUCUGUAUAUGCCCUAUUCUUGCUGAACCAGAGGAAGCCAGGAUGCUUCAGGACCCAGACUCUGCACUACCAGGAGCUACAGAAGGGCCUGUCCGAGAUGGAGGAGGAUCCUGGUUCGGAGAAUGGUCCCGUGAUCGCCAGUACAGGGAACGGAGCAAACAAGUGA